UUUAGUUGGUGGCGUUUGCAUAAGCGCGUUGAUAGUUAAAGUUGACAAAUCAGAAUUCAUUUUUGCAAUAAGAAAAAUACUGAAGAGGGAUUUUAGAGAUGUCAAUGGACACAAUCAUGGAAGAAUAUGAGUAUUCCUUUGAUUCUAACACAGACGCAAUCGUCUACGGCGUUUCUAAUCCUUCUAGAUCUGAUGAAAGCAUGAUCUCUGCUCCCAACAUUUCGUCAUCAUCGUCGGAGGAUGAUGAUGACAUCAUCCACCAGCAGCAGCAACAAAUACCAGUUGCUGCUGCAGCUAGUGGUGAUGGGACAGAUGAUUUGACUGUAUCAUCAUGUGCAUCUUCUAGUUGGUUUACCGAUAAUAAUAAUAAUAAUAACAAUAAGCAGAUUGAGCAAAAAGCGGUAAUGAUAUUUAACGUUGAUUUUGGGGAACUUUCUCGUCUUGCUGUUUGCAAAAGCUGCGAUAAUGAGCCAAUCAAAGAUUCAUUAAUGUUACAUGGGUUUUGGCAAGACGGAACUGCUGAUGUUAUUCAAUUAAUUGGUCCGCCCCAGCUAAUAUAUAGGUGGAAACUGAAGUCACAGAGUGAUUUUACCAGCUGAUCUGGACUCUGGAUCAUUUGAAUUGUUCAUGAAUUACACAUUUGAGUCGCAAUAAGGUAUCCACAAAUGAAACCAACAGUUGUCAUAAGUACAUAUAUAACAUCGGCAUGUUUCUCUAUCUUGAAUUUAUCUAUGUUGAACUGUGUGAUCAUAUUUUAUUUAAAAGCUUAACCAA